AUGCGCAGAGCAGCGUGUCGGCGCCUGGCUUCCACCCUGGUCACCAGGCGCCGGCCGACAUGUCUGGCACCAUGGGUCAUGAUAUCAAAGGGCCAUCACGAGGGGGACAGCAGCGGUGGUGGUGGCAACGCGUCGUCGAUGCCGCAGCAGCUGGACAGUGGACUGCCACGACGAUAUCAACAGCAGCAGCAGCAGCAGAUCCGGGGUAAAAAGACCAAGACAACUAUAAGUCUGGCCGACUUGCCACAGGGUCCCAUUAGGAACCUUCCGCCUGAGACGCCGACGUCGCCGUCGGUGCAAGAGGAGCAGCAGGAGGAUGCGCCCGCGUAUCCGACUGUCGUGAUGCAGGCCCGGCGCAACAUGGCUCGCUUCGACAAUUGCGUCUUGCUCACGCGUGUUGGGGGCUUCUACGAGCUCUAUUUCGAACACGCCGAGGAGUACGGUCCCUUGCUCAACCUCAAGGUUGCGUCCAAAAAGACCAAUGCUGGACCUGUACCCAUGGCCGGAUUCCCCUUUUUCCAAUUAGACCGCUUCCUCAAGGUACUGGUCCAGGAAUUCAACUGCUAUGUUGCCAUUGCCGAGGAAUUCCCCAAUGAUGCUGGAGACAAGGUCAAGUCGAAUGGUCUGAUGCACGACAGAAAAGUGACGCGCAUUAUUACGCCGGGCACGCUCAUUGAUGAAAAUUUUAUUGAUCCUUAUGCCAACAACUAUGUCAUGGCUAUCCAUCUUGGCGUUUCUGAUGCAGAUGCCGCUUCUUCUGAAGAGUCUAUACAGCAGGACGGGUCGAAUGCGGAAGAAUCGCUUCACCCGGCUGCAGAGCCUGUCGGUUUGGCGUGGCUGGAUAUUUCAACCGGCCAAUUCUAUACGCAGUCGACUACAAUCGGUGGAUUGUCGUCCAUUCUAUCCCGUGUCGGCCCUCGUGAGAUUGUCAUUGACAAAGCUUUACAAGCGCAAAAAGAUCAUUCGUUGUUCACGAUAUUGGCCGAAGACAAGCAUCUCAUAUCCUUUACUCCCCACACCACACUCAUGCCAACCGAAGAGUGGAUUUCAAUGCUCGAGUCUGAGAUAUCGGCAAACACAUUGAAGAGCUUCACCCCAGACGAGACCAGCGCAGGUAGUCUUUUACUUCAGUAUGUUCGGGACCGCCUCCUCGGCCUCAGCAUGAAGCUGCAACCCCCAGUACGACACGAGAGCCUGCAGGUUCUCACUAUCGACAAGAACAGCAUGCGGUCUCUGGAGAUCAAGCAGACCAUGAGGGACGGCGCAUUCAAGGGCAGUCUACUGCAUGCAGUCAGGAGAACGGUGACGAAAAGUGGCGCCAGGCUCCUCAAUGACUGGCUCAGCGCCCCGUCCACUGAUUUAGAAACCAUCACCAAGCGCCAGGACCUUGUGGAGUAUUUUAUCAAGUAUCCGGAUCUACGAGAUGAGAUUAUACAACUGCUCAGAAGGAGCCACGACUCUCAACGUCUCGUCCAAAAAUUUGCCUUUGGCCGUGGCGAUCCCGAUGACCUCGUGGGGUUGGCAGCCACCAUUCGAGCUACAGAGGACAUAGUGCAACUUCUAUCUUCCCAAGGGUCUACAGAAUCCCCGACUUCUCACCCCUUUGCUGAUAUCUUGUCUCGUAUCUCGCUCGACGAGCCGUCCAAGCUCGCGGCGCGCAUCCGCUCCUCCAUUGACGAAGACGGCCUCUCAGCCCAGCACCAGCUGGAAGACAGCGAGGCCGGCCAGCUUCUGGCCAUGGCCUCGGAUGUGGUAAGCAGCGAGGGCACGACCGAGGAGGCCGCGUCCAUCCUCCCCAAGUCCGCGGCCUCCAAGAUCAAGAAGGCGGGUGGCGGUGGACGACCAACCUCGAUCCGGGAUCACUACGAUGCAGACAAUCCGACCUUUACCAUGAAAUCCGGCGCGAGCCCAGCUCUCUCGGCACUACACACGGAGCUCGAUGGCCUGUUACAAGAGCGGUUGACGCUGGCGGAAACGUUGGCCGCCGACUUCUCUGCGCCCUCGCUCACCCUGCGCUGGACGCCCAACCUCGGCCACAUUGUCCACGUAAAGGGCAAGGACGUGCGCCAGCUCCCGUCGGACCUGGCCGCCCUCACCUCGUCCCGCUCGACGCGCACCUUUGCCCUGCCGGCGUGGACGUCGCUGGGCCAGUCCCUGCACCAGACGCGGUUCGCCAUCGCGGCGGCCGAGACGCGUCUCCUGGCCCAGCUGCGCGAGCACGUGGUCCGGAACCUCGUCAAGCUGCGGCGCAACGCCGCGGCCCUCGACGCCCUCGACGUGACCACGUCGCUGGCGCGCCUGGCCGCCGACCACGGCCUGGUGCGCCCCUUGCUCUCGGCGUCGCACACGGCGCACCGCGUCAUGGGCGGGCGCCACCCGACCGUCGAGCUGGGGCUGCGCGCCGCGGGGCGCUCGUUUGCGCCCAACGACUGCCUGGUCGGCGCGCCGUCCCAGGGGCGGCUGUGGCUCGUCACGGGCCCCAACAUGGCGGGCAAGUCGACCUAUCUGCGGCAAAACGCCCUCAUUACCAUCUUGGCGCAGACGGGUUGCUUUGUGCCCGCGGCGCACGCCGAGCUGGGCGUUGUCGACGCCAUCUUUAGCCGCGUGGGCUCGGCGGAUAAUCUGUACGGCGACCAGAGCACCUUCAUGGUCGAGAUGCUCGAGACGGCGCAGAUCCUACGGUCCGCCACGGCGCGGUCGUUUGUCAUCAUGGACGAGAUUGGCCGCGGCACCACGCCCGACGACGGGACGGCGGUCGCCUUUGCGGCGCUGUGGCACCUGGUCACGGUCAACAAGUGCCGUGCGCUGUUCGCCACGCAUUUCCACGAGCUGGCGGACCUGGUGCGGGCGCGGGAGAUGCACGUCGAUCAAGGCGGCGAGGUGGAGUGCUAUUGUACGGACCUGGCCGAGGACGGGCGAGGCGGGUUCGUCUACGUGCACAAGCUACGAAGGGGCAUCAACAGGCAGAGUCACGCGCUAAAAGUGGCCAAGUUGGCUGGAAUGCCAGAAGCGGCGGUGACAAUGGCCACCGAGAUACUGGCUCACGGCAAGAAAACUAAUGGGUCAUAA